AUGCCACCUAAACGCAAGGCGGUCGAUGACGGCAGAUCCGCAGCUCCGCCAGGCGGCGUCACCAGGUCUCUCCGCCCUCGUAUUUCGCAUCCAGCGGAGUCCAGUGAUUCCGGCAAGUCUGCCGACGCGAUGUCGUCAAAGCCCAGGCGGACUUCGGCGAGAGCAGCAAAGAAGGAUCCAUGGAGUGAAGAGUUCCUUACGACGAACCCGAAGUCGGCUCUGGUAAAUGCGGAUCUUGUGAAAGUAUUCGCUAAUCCCAAGGCAUGGACAUGCCUCGACGAGUCGGAGAAAAGAGAGCUUCUCUCUCUUCUACCAGCCCAUGUGCAUCCAAAUCCCGAUCCUGAUCCAGAUGAUCCAGAUGCUAAAAUCCCACCUCUUCCGCAAGAGUUCUUACGCUACGACAACAAUUGGCGGUACGGUGUGCGUCAGUUCCAAGUCGACCUCGAAGCCGGCCGCUAUGACCCGGAAUGGCUGCGCCAGGCGGCGCAGGCGAUGAAGGAACGAGCCGAAGGCAAAUUUGACAAGUUUAAAGAGGAGGAGUUCGAGCAAUUCUGGGGUCAAAAGCAGAAGCUCGAUUACGGUGUGAUUGCCGGUGAAAGCUCCAAGGUGAAGCUCGAGACCCUCAUCCAACAUGGGGUCGUCAGGGUGGGAGACGUCUGGAAAUAUUCUCGCGUUUUUGGUAAAAAGGGUGAUGCUGAAAGGGUCUUUGUGGAGAAGGAGGCCAAGAUCUUGGCCAUCGACGGCUCAAACUUGACGUUUGCUGUUCCUGCUGGCCAGCGCGUCUUCUUAUCUAAUACACAUGAUAUCAUCCAGAAUAACGACAUCCCAAAAAAGGAAGGGUCAGACGAGGAUGUAUCAAAGAAUCAAACCAAAGUGGAUUCGAAAUCCGAAACCGAAAUCAACAGAGACGUCACUCAGGAAGCCAGUGCCAGUACAGAAACCAACGGACUUAACAACGACGCCCAAGCUCUGGUCGACCAUGACGGUGAUGAUAGUCGUGUCAUUAAUCUGGAACCGAAGCCCGAAGCAAAAGAGGACCAGGAGAUAGCUAUGCAAGAGCCUAUACCCGAAGCUUCAUCCAAUGCUCCGGCCCCUGAAGAGAAGCCGGUGGUGAAGAAACGUGGCCGUGGUAGGCCACGCAAACGGAAAGCUUCCGACCUAGCUUCUGGAGACAUAACCGCUGAGGUUGCGAAAAAUGUCUCUGGAAACGCUCCGCCGGCUCCUCCUCCGGCCCUGGAGACAGUGGAAAAUCAUGAUUCUCAUUCCAAAAGCGAGGAAGACGUGCAAGUCGUGGGAAGUAGUGCUCCUGAGCCCAGAAACGAGCACUCCACUGCGCCUAUUGAAAUUUCUUGUACUACACCCGAACCCUCCAAUCCGUCGUCUACUACCGCAGCUCCUCCACCCGAGAAACCACAACAAGAAGAACAAGAAGUCAUCCCCCGGGAUAUUAUUAUUCGCAACGUGGCCGGACCUAGUGCCCUAACCAGGAAGAUCCUAGAAAUUGAUGGUCGCAUCAAGGAUCCACCGAACGGAAAUGCCUGGAAGGAAAUCCGUUGUUACCGGAACAACCAGGAUAUGGGCAGUCUCUGGGAAGUGAGACAAGCCUGGUACGUACGGAUGAAGAAAUAG